AUCCAGCUCGUCUGCCCAUAUUGUCCUCAUGCGCACACAUGACAUCUGUCACGUUCACAAUGGACGCAUCCGUGCAUCACUCCCAUCCUAUUCGGCUGAGCCAGGCCCUCGCCUUCCUGAAAUUGCUCCCGGCAGCCGUCUGCCACGUCAGGCUCGAGCUCAAGUACUACCAGCCCUGGAUUCGCGGUGCAAUGCUGGUCCAGAAGAUACAGAAGGUUGACUGGGCUGCGAUUGGCCAAGCACUCGAGGUGUAUGCAAACCUCGCGUCUCUGGAGACUGGGGUUAAACGCACUUAUCAUACGCCAAACCACAAGAUGAUCUCUUUGCACAAGCUGCUGUGCUCGAAAGGCUCCCCGCACGGCUAG